AUGGCCGGUGGUGCCGUGUCUGCUUCGCUCAGGACCCUCGUGCUCCUUCUCCUGGCCAUCGUCUCUUCUCCCCUCGCCGGGCGGCGCACGGCCGCAGCGCUGUCGACCAAGUACUACGACAAGAAGUGCCCCGGCCUACAACCCGCGGUGCGUUCCGCCAUGGCGCGGGCGGUGGCGGCGGACCCACGCGCGGGGGCGUCCGUGCUCCGCCUCUUCUUCCACGACUGCUUCGUCAACGGCUGCGACGCCUCCGUCCUCCUCGACGACGCGCCCGCCGGCGAGAAGGGCGCGGCGCCCAACGCCAACUCCCUCCGCGGCUUCGACGUCGUGGACGCGGCCAAGGCCGCCGCGGAUUCCGCCUGCGGCGGGCCCGGCACCGUCUCCUGCGCGGACGUGCUCGCGCUGGCCGCCCGCGACGCCGUGUCGCUGCUGGGCGGCCCGUCGUGGGCCGUCCGGCUGGGCCGCCUGGACGCGCGCACCGCCAGCCGCGACGCCGCCGACGCGCUCCUCCCGGGCCCGGCCUCCAACCUGUCGUCCCUCGUCGCCUCGUUCGGCGCCAAGGGCCUGUCGCCGCGCGACAUGACGGCGCUGUCGGGCGCGCACACCGUCGGCAGGGCGCGCUGCGUCACGUUCCGCGGCCGCGUCAGCGGCGGCGGGGACGACGACCCCGCCGCGUCCAUCGACGCCGGCUUCGCCGCGCAGAUGCGCCGGGCGUGUCCGGACGGUGCGGACGGCAACAACGUCGCGCCGCUGGACGCGGUCACCCCUGACAGGUUCGACAACGGGUACUUCCAGGACCUGGUGCAGCGACGGGGGCUGCUGCAUUCCGACCAGCAGCUCUUCGGCGGCGGCGGCGGCGGAUCGUCGCAGGAUGCGUUGGUGAGGAAGUACGCCCGCGAUGGAGCCGCGUUCGCGAGUGACUUCGCCAAGGCGAUGGUGAGGAUGGGUAACCUGGCGCCGGCGCCCGGGACGCCGCUGGAGGUCAGGAUCAACUGCCACAGGCCCAACUAGAACUAGCUAGGCUACACAGAUCGAUGGUGCGGCAUUGUUGCUAGCUACGAAGCUAGUAGCAGACAGUGCAGCGCAUUAGCUCGUAGAUAUACAUAUACAUACAUACAUCUGCCAAAGAUGGUUGUGCAGAAAGCAUAUGCAAUGCAUGAUAGGAUUAUUCGUUCCUGUGUUCAUAUCAUACCCAAGGAAUAAAUAAUUAAGAAAGUGUAGUCACAAGC